AUGUCAACCCUCAUUUCUUGCUUGUCUGCAAAGACAGAUAGGCCUGCUAUCAUAAUUCCUGGAGAGUCAAAUCCCGUCAUUCUUUCUCACCAGCAAUUGCUCGAUCAAGUUCUGUUGUUUCAGAAGAAGCUUGCAGCCGUCGGGAUCUCACCCAAGGAAGCAGUAGGAAUUGCCCUACCCAACAGCCUAGAAUUCGUGAUCGCUUUCUUAGCAACGGCACUCCAGCGAGCAAUCUGCGCUCCGCUAAAUCCUGCAUACAAGCAAGACGAAUUUGAAUUUUAUUUCGAUGACCUGAAGGCUCCCCUGGUCCUCGUACCCAGCGGAGCAAUUAGAGGUCAUGGUGAAGUGAUCAAGGCUGCACGAAAGUGCAAUGUCGCCAUAGCCGAAGUUUUCUGGAACGGAUCAGAGGUGGCCUUAGAAGUUGGAGGAAACGAUGGAAUGCGGAUAAAGAAGAGAGCUGGGGUUCACGAACCUCAGCCGAAAGAUGUCGCUUUGAUUCUUCACACCAGCGGAACAACUGGCCGACCGAAAGCUGUACCCCUAAGCCAUCAGAACCUGUGCCAGACCAUGAAGAAUAUUCAAACAACGUAUGACCUAUUGUCGGCCGAUCGCACAAUGCUGGUCAUGCCACUGUUCCACGUUCACGGCCUUCUCGCUGGAUUUCUUUCUCCUCUGAUGAGUGGCGGUUCCGUCAUCGUUCCAGUACGCUUCUCAGCCUCUGAAUUCUGGCGCGAUUUUGUCAAACACGAGGCAAACUGGUACACCGCUGUCCCUACCAUGCAUCAAAUCUUGCUGAAAAACGAGAUGCCAUCUCCGAUGCCGAAGAUUCGAUUCAUCCGAUCUUGCUCCUCGCCAUUGUCUCCAACUGUGCACAAACAGCUCGAGACGGUGAUGAAUGCGCCUGUAGUAGAAGCAUAUGCGAUGACAGAGGCUGCUCACCAAAUGACUUCAAACCCCCUUCCUCCAGCUAGCCGAAAGCCCGGAUCGGUCGGUAAAGCGCAGGGCGUCGAGCUCGUGAUCAUGGACGACGAUGGGAAUUGUCUCCCUCAAGGAAAGAUCGGCGAGGUCUGUAUCAAGGGACCGAACGUAACCUCCGGUUACAUCGGCAAGGGCAUUGCCUCUCCUUUUUUCCAGACGGGACAUUUCCGCACUGGUGAUCAAGGAUAUCUGGACGCAGAAGGGUACCUGUUCUUGACUGGUCGCAUUAAGGAACUCAUUAAUAAGGGUGGCGAGAAAAUCAGCCCGAUAGAGAUUGACAACACAUUUGCUCAGCACCCUUGUGUUGCUGAGGCUGUUAGCUUUGCCAUCGAUGACGAGCUCUAUGGUCAGAAUGUUGCGGUUGCUCUUUGUCUCAAGCCAGGAAAAUCACUCACCACGGAAGAAUUGAUCUCGUGGUAUAGCGAACGCGCUGCGAAAUUCAAGAUCCCGAAGAAGGUGUUCUUCACUGAUAUCAUGCCGAAGACUGCCACCGGAAAGGUCCAACGGCGCCAUGUUGCAACAGCAAUG